GCCGGCAGCGGGCAGGAACCAGAACGCGGAGCCGCGGCAAGCGAAAGGGACGGCGGUGGCGGCGGCGGCGGCAGCCGGGAGGGUCUAAACCACGGGAGCCCGAGCGCGCGGCAACGGCCGCCUGGAGCGCGCAGCGCGGUCAGCCUGCGCUCGCAGCACACCAGCGCGCGCACGCUAAGGGGUGCGCGGUGCCGAGCGCGCGCCGAGCGGCCGGGGGCGCGCAGGCCCUGCCCGCCCCUUCCGUCCGCACGCCCGCCGCCCCGCCGGCCCUUCCUCUCCCACCUUCCACUCGCGGCCCGCGCCCCGCACCCGGCGGCCCCCGCGUCCUCCUCCCGCGGCAGCGCUGUCCGCGGCGGCCGGAGCGGGCCGGGCCGGGCCAGCGGGCCGGGGGAUGGCGCUGCUGGACCUGGCCCAGGAGGGAAUGGCCUUGUUCGGCUUCGUGCUCUUCGUGGUGCUGUGGCUGAUGCAUUUCAUGUCCAUCAUCUACACCCGGUUACACCUCAAUAAGAAGGCCACAGACAAACAGCCGUAUAGCAAGCUCCCUGGUGUCUCUCUUCUGAAACCACUGAAGGGGGUGGAUCCUAACCUAAUCAACAACUUGGAGACAUUCUUUGAACUGGAUUAUCCCAAAUAUGAAAUACUCCUUUGUGUGCAAGACCAUGAUGAUCCAGCUAUCGAUGUAUGUAAGAAACUGCUUGGAAAAUACCCAAAUGUUGAUGCUAGAUUGUUUAUAGGUGGCAAAAAGGUUGGCAUUAAUCCUAAAAUUAAUAAUUUGAUGCCUGCAUAUGAAGUUGCAAAAUAUGAUCUCAUAUGGAUUUGUGAUAGCGGAAUAAGAGUCAUUCCAGACACAUUAACUGACAUGGUCAAUCAGAUGACAGAGAAAGUGGGGUUGGUACAUGGGCUCCCGUAUGUAGCCGACAGACAAGGCUUUGCUGCCACCUUAGAACAGGUAUAUUUUGGAACUUCACACCCAAGAUCCUAUAUCUCUGCCAAUGUAACUGGCUUCAAAUGUGUGACAGGAAUGUCUUGUUUAAUGAGGAAGGAUGUGCUCGAUCAGGCAGGAGGGCUUAUAGCCUUUGCUCAGUACAUUGCUGAAGAUUACUUCAUGGCCAAAGCAAUAGCCGACCGAGGUUGGAGGUUUUCAAUGUCUACUCAAGUUGCCAUGCAAAACUCUGGUUCGUACUCAAUUUCUCAGUUUCAAUCCAGAAUGAUCAGGUGGACCAAAUUGAGAAUUAACAUGCUUCCUGCUACAAUAAUUUGUGAGCCAAUUUCAGAAUGCUUUGUUGCCAGUUUAAUUAUUGGGUGGGCAGCCCACCAUGUGUUCAGAUGGGAUAUCAUGGUUUUCUUCAUGUGCCACUGCCUGGCAUGGUUUAUAUUUGACUACAUUCAACUCAGGGGUGUCCAGGGUGGCACACUGUGUUUUUCAAAACUUGAUUAUGCUGUGGCUUGGUUCAUCCGUGAAUCCAUGACAAUCUACAUUUUCUUGUCGGCAUUAUGGGACCCUACUAUAAGCUGGAGAACUGGUCGCUACAGGUUGCGCUGUGGAGGGACGGCAGAGGAGAUCCUGGAUGUGUAACAAGACCUCUGGGACUGACCGAAACACAGGACAGAGUGGAAGUGUUAGAAAUUAUGUUUAUAGAGACACUUUCAAGGACCUACCUUCAGUGGUUUGUCACAUGUGUGUUUUGGUAUCUGCUCUUUAAUUUAUUCGCAUGGCACUUGCAUCUGUGAAAAGCAAAAAACAAAAAACAAAAACAAAACACGUCUGUAGUCUUGGCCAAAUAGUAUAUCUUGUGGAAGUAGAGAAUCAAGACAGUUGGUUCUAGGAAGUGGGGUUUGUUUUGUUGUUGUUUAUUUUUUUAAACAAAUAAAUAUACAUAUCUAUAUAUAUAUAUAUAUAUACACACACACACAUAUACAGGACUGCUCUGCAGCAGACACUAUGACAGUAUCCUUCAGUAGGGAAAGUUUCUUACCUGAGUUACUCACUCUGACGGGCAGAACAGCAGCUCGGUGAGAGGAGAAGGGGACAGACAGGUCACGGCCUCCCCUGUGUGAAGUGGAUGAUGUACAGGGAGGCGCCGACUGAGAAACUUUUUCAUGCUUUAUGCCUACCUCUUGUAGUUGUUGCAGAGCAAAUAGAAGUUAGAAGUUGUCAUACGGUAACUAGGCCUUGCAAAAACAAAUGGAAAACUUUUAAAAAAUAAUAAUAAUAAAAGAGCUGGAGUCUAGUAUUUAUAUAAAUCUGUGAGGAUUUUUUUUUUUUUUUGGUCUCAUUACAAUGAACCAGAAGUGGUUGAGAUUGGUUUUUAAUGGUAACCAUGAAUUGAAGGCAUCUUUUGGACCAACUGUUGUUGGUUCUGUCUUGAACCAUAUUAAUCACUGUGCUGUAAUUAGGAGAGCUGAAUCUUUCCUUCCCUGCUCCUGGCUCCCAGCCUGCCCCAUCUUUCCUUAGCUUUUUUCCAGGGGGGUGAUCUUGUACAAGUGUAAGUGGAUGUUUUAUAGUUGUAAGGAAAAUGCAUUUCAGACACAGUCACACAGGAGGUUUCUUCUUACCCAGUAUGUCUGUAUUGUUAAUAAGAAUGUAAUUUCAUGAUACAAGUAUUUAAUAUCUUUUUUAAGUGAGCAAAAAAAUUCUAGCUAUUGGCAAAUAAAUUGCAGUAGAGAAUUAGAGGACAUGAUGAGGUUGACUGUACAAAUCAAUCAGUAUCAAACUAAGUCGACUGUGUGUGUGGGGGGUUGUUUUGUUUUCUUUUUUUUUUUUUACUAUAACAGUCUAGUCUUAUUUAAAUUGGGUUUUUGUAUUCAGUUUGUAUGACAAUAGACUAGGCCAGCCUAGCUGUAAAUGCAUGCCGUACUUUCCUCUCUCCAUCAUGCAGCUAAGCUUGCUUGUCAGCCCGUGCUUAACUUGUGGUGAACUGGACUUUUGUUUAAAA